GAAGGAAAUCAUGUCAGGCGAAGCGUUGAGCAGGCUGCCCUGAGACGCUGCCCGGCCGAAAGAAAGAAUGUUGACUCUAUUAAGAAACAUCAGGGAGACAGAUUCAACACCGUGUAUCUAAAAAUGACUACUAAACGAAGUUUGUUUGUGCGUUUGGUACCAUGUCGUUGUCUACGAGGGGAAGAGGAGACUGUCACCACACUUGAUUAUUCCCAUUGCAGUUUGGAACAGGUUCCCAAAGAGAUUUUUACUUUUGAAAAAACUUUGGAGGAGCUCUACUUAGAUGCUAAUCAGAUUGAAGAGCUUCCAAAGCAACUUUUUAACUGUCAGUCUCUGCAUAAACUCAGUUUGCCAGACAAUGACUUAACAACAUUACCAGCAUCUAUUGCAAAUCUCAUUAAUCUCAGGGAACUGGAUGUCAGCAAAAAUGGAAUACAGGAGUUUCCAGAAAAUAUAAAAAAUUGUAAAGUUCUGACAGUUGUGGAGGCCAGUGUAAAUCCUAUUUCCAAGCUUCCUGAUGGAUUUUCUCAACUGUUAAACUUAACCCAGUUAUAUCUGAAUGAUGCUUUCCUUGAGUUCUUGCCAGCUAAUUUUGGCAGACUAACUAAACUCCAGAUAUUAGAACUUAGAGAAAACCAGUUGAAAAUGUUGCCAAAAACUAUGAAUAGACUGACCCAGCUGGAAAGACUGGAUUUGGGAAGUAAUGAAUUCACAGAAGUGCCUGAAGUACUUGAGCAGUUAAGUGGAUUGAAAGAAUUUUGGAUGGAUGGUAAUAGACUGACUUUUAUUCCAGGGUUUAUUGGUAGUUUGAAACAGCUCACAUAUUUGGAUGUUUCUAAAAAUAAUAUUGAAAUGGUAGAAGAAGGAAUUUCAGCAUGUGAAAACCUUCAGGAUCUUCUGUUAUCAAGCAAUUCACUUCAACAGCUUCCUGAGACCAUUGGUUCUUUGAAGAAUGUAACAACUCUUAAAAUAGAUGAAAAUCAAUUAAUGUAUCUUCCAGACUCCAUAGGAGGGUUAGUAUCAAUAGAAGAGCUGGAUUGUAGCUUCAAUGAAGUUGAAGCUUUGCCUUCAUCUAUUGGUCAGCUUACUAAUAUAAGAACUUUUGCUGCAGAUCAUAAUUACUUACAACAGUUACCACCAGAGAUUGGAAACUGGAAAAAUAUAACUGUGCUGUUUCUUCAUUCUAAUAAACUUGAGACACUUCCAGAGGAAAUGGGGGACAUGCAGAAAUUAAAAGUCAUUAAUUUAAGUGACAAUAGAUUAAAGAAUUUACCCUUUAGUUUUACAAAACUUCAACAAUUGACUGCUAUGUGGCUCUCAGAUAAUCAGUCCAAGCCCCUGAUUCCUCUUCAAAAAGAGACUGAUUCAGAAACCCAGAAAACGGUGCUUACUAACUACAUGUUCCCUCAGCAGCCACGGACUGAGGACGUUAUGUUCAUUUCAGAUAAUGAAAGUUUUAAUCCUUCACUGUGGGAGGAACAAAGGAAACAGCGGGCUCAAGUGGCAUUUGAAUGUGAUGAAGAUAAAGAUGAAAGAGAGGCACCUCCCAGGGAGGGAAAUUUAAAGAGGUAUCCAACACCAUACCCAGAUGAGCUUAAGAAUAUGGUGAAAACUGUUCAAACUAUUGUGCAUAGAUUAAAAGAUGAAGAAAUUAAUGAUGACUCUGGCAAAGAUUUGAAACCACAUGAAGAUCAGCAAGUUGUGAAUAAUGAUGUGGAUGUAAAGACUUCAGAAAAUACUAUUCCAGUAAGAAAUGAAGGUGAUGAAAGAGAAAAGUACAUGAUAGGAAACUCCAUACAGAAGACCAUUGAACCUGAAACUGAGAUUAUUAGUCCUGGAAAUCUACCAGUGUCUGCAAAUACGAAAGCCUCUGAAAAUUUGAAACAGAUUGUUAAUCAUGAUGAUGUGUUUGAGGAAUCUGAAGAACUUUCUUCUGAUGAAGAAAUGAAAAUGGCAGAAAUGCGACCACCACUAAUUGGAACCUCAAUUAACCAGCCAAAAGUGGUAGCACUUAGUAAUAAUAAAAAAGAUACAAAGGAUACUGAUUCUUUAUCAGAUGAAGUUACACACAAUAGCAAUCAGAAUAACAGCAACUGUUCUUCUCCAUCUCGGAUGUCUGAUUCAGUUUCUCUUAAUACUGAUAGUAGUCAAGAUACCUCACUCUGCUCUCCAGUGAAACAAACUCAUAUUGGCAUUAAUUCCAAAAUCAGGCAAGAAGAUGAAAAUUUUAACAGCCUUUUACAAAAUGGAGAUACUUUAAAUGAUUCAACAGAAGAAAAAAUUAAGGCUCAUGAUAAAAAAGAUUUUAAGUUACCUGAAUAUGAUUUGAAUAUUGAAGAGCGAUUAGUUCUAAUUGAGAAAGAAAUUGAUUCAACAACCUCAUCUAGUGACUGUCACAAAUUAGACCACAUUAAUAUGAAUCUUAAUAAACUUGUAAUUAAUGAUACAUUUCAACCAGAGAUAGUGGAAAGGUCAAAGACACAAGAUGUAAUGCUUGGAACAGGCUUUUUAAGCAUUAAUACUAAAGGAGAAGCUCAACAUUUGGAAAAUGGAAAUAAAUAUUCUAAUCUGGAAUGCAUAAAUAAAGUAAAUGGACAUCCUGUGGAAAUACCACAGUCUCCUAGGAGGACUGAACCACUUGACGUUGAUUCUUCUGUUGAUCUGAGUAUUUCCAAAAGCACUGAAGAUCUUUCCCCUCACAGAAGUGGGCCAGUUGGAUCUGUUGUGAAAUCUCAUAGUAUAACUAAUAUGGAGUCUGGAGGAUUAAAAAUCUAUGACAUUCUUGGUGAUGAUGGGCCUCAGCAACCAACUGCAACAGUUAAAGUAACAGCUACUGUUGAUGGAAAAAAUAUAGUCAGGAGCAAGUCUGCUACACUUUUGUAUGAUCAACCAUUGCAAGUAUUUACUGGUUCUUCUUCGUCUUCUGAUUUACUGUCAGGUACAACAGCAAUUUUCAAGUUUGAUUCAAAUCAUAAUCCUGAAGAUCCAAACAUAACAAGAGGUCCCAUAGUAAGUGGCCCACAAUCUGCACCUCAAAUAUAUGGUCCUCCACAAUAUAAUAUCCAGUAUAGUAGCAGUGGGGCUGUCAAGGACACUUUGUGGCACACCAAACAAAAUCCCCAGUCAGAUCAUGUCAGUUUCCCCCCUCAGCGCCUACCUAGAUCAGAAAGCACAGAAAAUCACUGUUACACUAAACAUUCUGCCAAUAUGAAUUUUUCUAAUCAUAACAAUGUUAGAGCUAAUGCUGGAUACCAUUUACAUCAGAGACUUGGCCCAGGACGACAUGGGGAAAUGUGGGCCAUUUCACCAAAUGAUCGACUUGUUCCAGGAGCAACUCGUACUACAAUUCAGCGACAAAGUAGUGUGUCCUCUACAGCUUCUGUAAAUCUUGCUGAGCCAGGUCCCUCUAGGCGGGCCCAAAUUCCUGACGGAGAUUAUUUAUCAUACAGAGAGUUGCAUUCAGUAGGAAGAACUCCUCCAGUGAUGUCAGGAUCACAGAGACCUCUUUCUGCACGUACAUACAGCAUAGAUGGUCCAAAUACAUCACGGCCUCAAAGUGCUCGACCCUCUGUUAGUGAAAUCCCAGAGAGAACUAUGUCAGUUAGUGAUUUCAAUUAUUCAAGGACUAGUCCAUCAAAAAGACCAAACGCAAGGGUUGGUUCUGAGCAUUCUUUAUUAGAUCCUCCAGGAAGAAGUAAGGUUCCUCAUGAUUGGCGAGAACAAGUACUACGACACAUUGAGGCCAAAAAAUUAGAAAAGAACAUGCUGUCAAGGUCCUUUAAUUCCAAUUUUACUGCUGUAAGCAGCUUUCACUAUGGCAGCUCUAGGGAUCUGCAUGGCAGCCAAGGCAGUCUUGCCUUGAGUGUUGCAGACGGAAGAGGUUCUGGUGGGCACAUUUUUCGACAUCCUCAGACAUCCUGUCCAGGAGAUCCUUGUCAAGAUGAUAUAUUCAUUUCAGGACAGCAGAACUACUCUUCAGCUACACUUAGUAACAAAGAUGUUCCUCCAGACAGCUUGAUGAAAAUGCCUUUGAGUAAUGGACAGAUGGCCCAGCCUCUCAGGCCUCAGGCAAAUUAUAGUCAAAUACAUCACCCCCUUCCUCAGGCAGCUGUGGCAAGGCACCCCUCUAGAGAACAACUAAUUGAUUACUUGAUGCUGAAGGUGGCCCACCAGCCUCCAUAUACACAGCCCCAUUGUUCUCCUAGACAAGGCCAUGAACUGGCAAGGCAUGAGAUUCGAGUGAGGAUUGAAAAAGAUCCAGAACUUGGAUUUAGCAUAUCAGGAGGUGUUGGGGGUAGAGGAAACCCAUUCAGACCUGAUGAUGAUGGUAUAUUUGUAACAAGGGUACAACCUGAAGGACCAGCAUCAAAGUUAUUGCAACCAGGUGAUAAAAUUAUUCAGGCUAAUGGCUACAGUUUUAUCAAUAUUGAACAUGGACAAGCAGUAUCCUUGCUAAAAACUUUCCAGAACACAGUAGAACUCAUCAUUGUACGAGAGGUUUCCUCAUAAGCUUUGUGGACAAAAAGAGGGGGAAGACAGCAAGACGUAUUGAAAGAUACUGCAGGGGAAAUUAAUAUUUUGACUAUUUUUAUAUAUAAAGAACUCAAAAAAUUAUGUUCAAAUUUGUACAUUAAUGAAAUAACAGAACUUGUGGUUAGAGGGAAAGAACCACUGUACAGUAUAUAGGAGAGACUGUUGAAUUCAUACCAUAUGAAACUUCCUGUUAGGUUUUUAAGCAUAGCAAUCAAGGCUACAAAAACAAGUAUAUGUUGUUUUUGUAUAGAUUGUAGGUUUAUUUUUGGAUUUCAUACACAAGACUGAAAUCUGUAAAAGGCUCUAAUUAGCCUUGAUUGUAGCCCAGAGACUGAUGGCAGAGCUAUCUGUCUCACAGCUUUUAUGCCCUUAUUUUUAUUCAACAGGUAUUAAAGUUUUUCCGCUAAAACAACAUUUUUAUUUUAAUGUGGGCAAGAGAUUUGGAGUGUUGGCUUCUGCUAUGUGCAUAUUGAAUUGAUGAGUGAGUAGGUGAAGGUGGUGCUGGUGGGUUCACUUUCCAAGGCCAAGUGAAAACAGUUAAUCUAUAAAAAUCUAGAAGCAAAGAAUGAAUACACAGCUGUCUGUUAAUGUGCUUUUAUUACUAGAAUAAUGCAAUAAAAAUGUAAUGUCUUUUUAAAGAAAUAAAAAAAGAUAAUUGUAUUUUAUGAGUUCUACAGGAUCUGUUCUUGUCAUAGCCAUUGACUGUACAUUUGCUAUUACUCGUGAUUCGAUUUUUAAUUAUUUAGUGACAGGAAGUUUUUAACUCUACUGUAGAUUCAUGUCCAUACAUUUUAUGUGCUGUGGAAGUCCUCCCUUUUUUUGGCAAAUGGUGUACUUGCAAUCUGUUUUGCAAUUAGUACUCCAUUCUAAUCUUAACUUGUAAUUUUUAUUUUAAGCAGCAAACAAAAAACAAAAACGCCAGUUUUACUGAUUAUGUUGUAUAACACAAAAUAUGAAAAGAUACAGGAAAGCCUCUUAAUUUUGUUUGAUCUCACAUUGCCUUGGUUAAGUAAAAUGAAACAGUUCGCAUGGAGCUAGGAAACCAAAGGUUUGUGAAACAGGCACAAUGAUAGAGAAUUGCUGUGGAGAGACAUAGAGCAAAGUGAUGGGUCCUUGAAACCUACCAGUGUGUAAACGGUGUUCAAAUAAAGGGCUGUUCCUACAAAUAACAUUAAUGUGAACUCGACACUUCAGAGUCUUUAAAGGGUUUCUAAAUGUAUAAAUAUAAUGGUGUUUUGCGCACCAACUGCCUUUGUUCCUCAUUAGUGUAACAAUAUUUGGUAGAUUUAUAUUAAUUUUGCUUAUCCAAACCAUUAAUUUUCUUUUUGUUAUGUCUGUGUAACCAAAUAAAAUUUGAGUAAUAUGCAAUGUAUGAACUAAUGCAUGGUUACUGAACCAGAUAAAAGUGCCAUAGAAGACCAAUAACUGUUUUCAGCGAAGGCUAGCCUGGAGCCUUUCUUUUAAUUACUAAGAAAAAUAAUUUUGAAAUUUUAAUCUGUUAACGCUUUCUUCUUAAAUCUUGUUUUAAUUAAGACUUUUAUGGGAUUAGCAAAACCAGCAAUCUGCAUUUUUGUAAAAGUGAGUUGGACUUGUUCCUUUAUUGCUAGUGAGAGUAGGCAGUAUAUUAAACAAAAAAAUAUGUGAACUCAAAUAUUGCACUUCUUUUAAGAUGAUAAGAAUUGGUUAUUGUACUGUAUAGUUUUAAUAAUAUUGAUUGAAACCCUUUAACAACUCUUUGUAAAUUUUAACUAAUUUUAGUUGAUUUUCAGUACUCUUUACAUAGGAAUUGAUUUUUAUGAAUAUAGUAGAAGAAAUGUGCUGUAUUUUGAUAAAAUUCAUUUACUGUAUGUGUAUUGUAAUCUCUAAAAAAAGAAUGACAAAUUUCUUUAAGACAAGCCUCGGUGUUACCUUUAUUUGUAGUUUAUUUUGGCAUUGUAAGAUAUUUACAUGACUUGUAUUGACUUUAAUAAUUUUUCACAGUCACAUUCUGCAUUUAACAAGGGAUACCUAAAGUAGUACUAUUAAUGACAUUUUCAGGUAUUUUACCUUGAACCAGAUACACACACUAUAACUCUGGAAAAGGAAGUAGGCCACAGAAAACAACUGAUUUGUCAGUGAUUUAGCCUUCAUUUAAUUGUCUUCAUAUUGUAUGCAAUAUGACACCUGAAGCAAGGCUUGUAUGCACUAGCAUUUUACUUUAGCUAAUUUAAACAUUUUCAGUGUUCUGAAUUAAGAAGUUGAAAAUUUGUUACUGAAAAGUAAUAUGAUACAUGAUAUAAAACUAAAAGCAAAAAAGUUCUGCACUUAAACUAACAACCACAUUUCCUUCUAAAUAAUGGAAAAUGUAAGUUAAAUAACAAGAACUCUUAAUUAGAACUGUUUCAAUAAUAAUAAAUUUCCAAAAUUUGAAUGGAAGAGUAAUAAUAUUUUUAGUGUCUAAAAUUAAUUGACCACCCUAAAAUUUUAAGCCAUUAAAAAUAAUAUACAUCUACAGAGUAGAUGUAUAUGGCAUAGAAUUGUUUAUACAAGUAAAGUUUAUGCCAAUUAAAGUCAUCCAUUUAUCAUUCAUGAAAUUCCAAAAUACCCUACAUAUUUAUUUUGUAAAUAUUUUUCUGACCUCUCUCGGACUACAAGAUGUGUAUAUACUUGAAGAUUCUUUUAAACACAAUGCCAUAGACAGAAUUAAAAGUUUAGGUAUUAAUUUGCUGUUCUUAAAAUCCCAUUAGCAGCUUUGUGAUAUUUUUAUCAGCAUUUUUAAAACAUUCCAAAUUUUUGUAUAUACCUAAAUUGUUGAAGUAACACAGAAAACAGGUAAUAAA